CCUUUUUCUCCCCCAAAUAGUUUUUAUCAAACCUGCAACUCCCCUGUAUUCUCUCCCUCUCUCCAGAUGAAGCAGGCCACCUUCCUAUCGAUCAACUUCCAAAAUCACUAGUUGCCCACUUCCUUCACACUCUGCCUUGAUAAAUAACACCGAAGCAUCUGUGAUAAUAAACUUUUCUUCCACAUCAGAUCCUAGCCCACACCCGUCAUUUUGAAGAACCUUCUCGAUUGCAGGCGAUUUAAGGAUGGAAUUAAUGGGUCCUUAACUUUGGAAAACAUCCACAUCAUCAUGGCACCAACCUUUUAGGCGCAUUGGACAAAGCUUAAGCCUCAUACUCCCUAGGUAGACCUUGCGAAAGCCUAUUGUUGUGGCGGUGGUCAACCAGAAAAGUUUCAGAGAUGUCUGAAUCUGAUGAUGAGGAAAGGCCAAAGAUGGAGCGAUGGCGGCCAAAGGUAGCUGCUUCCAAAAAUAAGCCUCCUGCAGAUAUGCCAAAGCCUUCUUCUGCAGAUCCUCCUAGACUUCCUGCAUAUAUGCCAAAGCCUCCUGCAGAUGAGCCAAAGCCUCCUAAGCCAAAGCCUCCUAAACUCAGUGCUCCAUCCACAGGUUGUGUUCCGAAAUGGUCUAAUGAACAAGUGUACGGAGAGGUAUCUUCUGAAUGUUCUUCUUUGGAUACCGGUGAGUCACCAAGAAUUCAUGAUGUAACAAUCGAUAUUGACUAUGAAGGAGGAAGACCAUGGCUUGGAUCUGAUGGUAUUCUUCUUGAGAUCUUGAAGAGCAUUGUGUAUGGAGGUUCAAUGGCGGUGAUCACAAGCUUAAGUGUCGUAGCAUUCGCAGCUGCUUCUGAUGCCACAACACUGAGCAUCAUAUCUUUGGCACUCGCAAGUCUUGCUGGUGGGUUCUUCUUCAUCAGACAUAAUCUUUGGGAGCUUAGAGACGAUUGUUACAAGUUUGACAAUGAGGCCAAGUACAAAGAGCUACUUGGAGAAGUAAACUUUUUCCCACUACAUGUUUUUUCAUAAUACUAUCCUUCGUCGUGUUCGGGAUGGUCCCACCAGUUGCACACGGGUACUCAUUUCAUGAGACCAAUGACAAGGACUUUACAGUCGUAAUAGUUGCAAUUGCGUCUCUUGUAUGUGUAUCAUUAUUGGCAAUAUUCAAGGCUUACAUCAAUAAGUGCACAUUUUUUGAGUACAUUAAGACCGUGGUGUACUAUAUUACUACCGCAGUAUUAGUGUCAAGUGUGUUUUAUGUUGCUGGGAAUCUGCUUACGAGGUUCAUAGAGGAGCAUGGAUUUUUUGACUUGAGUUCGAGUGGUGGUGUGUCUCUCCUCCCACAUGCCAUCAUCCCAUCUCUAGCAUCUGUCUGAUGUUUGAGAGUAAAGAGCAACAUUGCUCAUAUUUGUUUCGUUAUUCGUGAUUCUAAUGUGAGAGUAAAGAGCGACAUUGCUCAUAUUUGUUUUGUUAUUCGUGAUUAUUUGUAUUAUUUCAAUUGUUCCUUUGCUUGAAUUUGCAAGACAAGAAUGUAUCAUUUAUACAACUGAUUAACAAUUAGUGAUC